GCACCGUCAGGUCAUGUGACUGCGGCGUAAACAGGAAGCAGCUGAUCUCAACUCUGAGAUUGCGUCCUUCAGCUAAUGCUCACAAGUUGCCCGUUCAACGCCACUCACCCGAUGCCUCCUGUUUUUUGAGCACACGUCAACUUUUGGUCCAUUUCGUGGCGAGCAAGAGGAGGGAGACGUGCGAGACUAACCCACGACGCUUGCGACCCCCCUUCCCAGCUAACUUGCCGACUUCCGAAGGCGAUGUCCAGUUCGGCCAUGAAGAAAAAGGUGUUACUGAUGGGAAAAAGCGGGUCGGGAAAGACCAGCAUGAGAUCGAUCAUCUUUGCCAACUACAUUGCUCGAGACACGCGUCGCCUUGGAGCAACAAUUGACGUGGAACACUCCCACGUGCGCUUCCUCGGCAAUCUCGUUCUAAACCUUUGGGACUGCGGAGGACAAGACACUUUUAUGGAGAACUACUUCACCAGCCAGCGGGACAACAUCUUCCGGAACGUGGAGGUGCUGAUUUACGUGUUUGACGUGGAGAGCCGCGAGCUGGAGAAAGACAUGCACUACUACCAGUCCUGUCUGGAAGCCAUCCUGCAGAAUUCCCCCGACGCAAAAGUCUUCUGCCUGGUCCACAAAAUGGACCUGGUCCAGGAGGACCAGAGAGACUUGAUUUUUAAAGAGCGUGAAGAGGACUUAAAAAGACUGUCGCGACCUUUGGCUUGCACGUGCUUCAGGACGUCCAUCUGGGAUGAAACCCUGUACAAGGCCUGGUCCAGCAUUGUGUACCAGCUGAUCCCAAACGUCCAGCAGCUGGAGACCAACCUGAGGAACUUUGCGCAGAUCAUCGAGGCCGACGAAGUCCUUCUGUUCGAGAGGGCCACUUUCCUGGUGAUCUCGCACUAUCAGUGCAAGGAGCAGCGGGACGCGCACCGAUUUGAGAAGAUCAGUAACAUCAUCAAACAGUUCAAACUCAGCUGCAGCAAACUGGCCGCCUCUUUCCAGAGCAUGGAAGUGAGGAACUCCAACUUCGCGGCCUUCAUUGACGUCUUCACGUCCAACACAUACGUCAUGGUCAUCAUGUCGGACCCGUCGAUUCCCUCCGCAGCCACGCUCAUCAAUAUCCGCAAUGCUAGGAAACACUUUGAGAAGUUGGAGCGCGUGGACGGACCCAAGCACGGCCUUCACAUGCGAAUGCGCUAGCCGCCGAGUCUCCUCGUCGGAUCGUCUUAGCCAAUCAGCUCCCGGAUCUUGGAUCGCAGCUCCUUUUCCAUACGAGCGGAUGCCGAAACCUCACCUUCAAUCAUCCUCAAUAUGAGGAUUUUUUUUUUUUUUCUUUGUGUCGGUAUGAAAUGCAACAGCUACAGGGCCAAUGUAUGUGCUGUUCUUUGAAAAUACAAGCAAUAUAGUUUUCUUCAGAAAUAC